AUGAGCACCACCGAGGACAUGGAGAAAAAAUUGCAGCCCGAGCCGGCCGUCUCGCCAAUCGACGAUCCGGAGUCCGUCGAGAAGCAGAAGGUGCGCGGCUUCUUUGCGACAAUCCGAUACUACGAGGAGUUCCUGGAUCGCAAACUAGGCAUCGAGUCGAAUAGUCUGGAUCGCGUGCUCCCCGAGAAUCGCGAUUCGCCGAGCUCCGUGGUGAUGGCGCUUAUGUGGGCGUCGGCGACGAUGAAUAUCAGCUGUUUUAGCACGGGGUUUCUAGGGAAUGAAUUCGGAUUGUCUCUUGGGCAGACCAUCCCCAUUGUGAUCUUUGCGACGCUGUUGGGUGCUGCUGUGACGGGCUGGUGCGCUACCAUGGGCCCUGGGACUGGUCUGCGCCAGGUCGCCAUCUCCAGAUACUCGCUCGGUUUCUACCCAUCGUCUAUCAUCGCCCUGCUGAACGUUAUCGAACAACUGGGCUGGGCCUCCGUCAACUGUAUCACCGGCGGGCUUGCGCUCAGCGCCGUCUCGAACGGACACGUUUCUGUCGCAGUCGGUGUUGUGAUCGUCGCCUGCAUCAGUCUGCUGUUCAGCUUCGUCGGUCUACGUGGCGUCCUGCUGUACGAGAAGUACGCAUGGAUUCUGUUCUUCAUUAUCUUCAUGAUCAUUUACGGCGAGGCUGCCCACCGUGCGAACCUCUCCGCGCCAGCCACAGUCACGGGCAUGACCAGGUCGGGCAACGUGCUGAGUCUGAUUAGUGUUGUGUAUGGGUCUAGCGCGUCGUGGAGCUCAAUUGUGUCCGACUUCUAUGUGCAUUACCCCGUGGACACGCCCAAGAUCAAGGUGUUUUUGUACACCACUUUUGGCAUCACGAUCCCUACGUGCAUUGGCAUGUUGCUUGGUGCGUGUAUCAGCUCGGCGCUGGGCACGAAUCCGGAGUGGGCUACUGCGUAUGAAAGUGGCAUUGGUGAGAUCUUGAAGACGAUCAUCUAUCCGAGCGGAUUCGCCAAGCUCCUGCUUGUUCUGCUGGUCUUGUCUGGAAUCGGUGUCAACUGCAUCGCCAUCUACUCCGGCGCCCUUUCCGCACAACUCUUCGCUCCCUCAUUCGCUAAAGUACCUCGCAUCGCCUGGUCCAUCGUCGUCUUCGGCGGCAUCUUAGCCAUUGGCAUCGCUGGCCGCGACCACCUGCUGGACGUGCUGGAGAACUUCCUCUCGCUGCUCGGGUACUGGAACACGUCCUUCUUCGCGAUCCUUUUCAUUGAGCACUACUACUUCCGCAAUGGCAGCCUGGCUAACUACGACCUCGAUGCCUGGAAUACCCCGUCCAAAAUGCCUGUCGGGUAUGCCGGGCUCACGGCAUUCCUGUGCGGUGCGGCGGGAUGGAUCAUCGGCAUGGUGGAGACUUACUAUGUCGGAGUGCUCGCGGCCAAGAUCGGCGCCGACGGGGGUGACAUUGCCAACGAGCUGGCGCUUGUCUUCACGUCCGUCUCGUAUCUCCCCCUUCGGGUGCUGGAACUCAAGUACGUGGGGCGAUGA